CCGUUGCCUCCUCCGGCCCCUUGUUGUCACGACGUAGGUCGGGCUCUUCGCGCUGCUGCCGCUGUAGUGGGGAGACGGGAGGGAAAAGCGGCUUCUCCUCCUCCCCCCCCGACCAGUCCCCAUUCUCCCGGGCCGGGGGCGGCGCCCUCGCCAUGGCCACCAGCACCACGGGCUCCACGCUGCUGCAGCCCCUCAGCAACGCCGUGCGGCUGCCCAUAGACCAGGUUAACUUCGUAGUGUGCCAACUCUUUGCCUUGCUUGCAGCUAUUUGGUUUCGAACAUACCUUCAUUCAAGCAAAACUAGCUCGUUUAUAAGACAUGUUGUUGCCACGCUUUUAGGCCUUUAUCUUGCACUUUUUUGUUUUGGAUGGUAUGCCUUACAUUUUGUUGUACAAAGUGGAAUUUCCUACUAUAUCAUGAUCAUAAUAGGAGUGGAAAAUAUGCACAAAUAUUGCUUUGUUUUUGCUUUGGGAUACCUCACUAUGUGCCAAAUUACUAGAGUCUAUAUCUUUGAUUAUGGACAAUAUUCUGCUGAUUUUUCUGGCCCCAUGAUGAUAAUUACACAGAAGAUCACUAGUCUGGCUUAUGAGAUUCAUGAUGGAAUGUUUCGAAAAGAAGAAGAAUUGACCCCAUCACAGAGAUGCUUGGCUGUAAGACGCAUGCCAAGUCUACUGGAGUAUUUAAGUUACAACUGUAAUUUCAUGGGUAUCCUGGCAGGCCCGUUAUGCUCUUAUAAAGACUAUAUUACUUUCAUUGAAGGCAGAUCAUACCAACUGACACAGUCUGAAGCAAAUGGGAAAGAAGAUGUAAAAUAUGAACAAACAGAUCCCUCACCAAAUAUAGCUGUGACACAAAAACUCUUAAUCUGUGGGUUCUCCUUAUUAUUUCAUAUGACUGUCACAAAAACUUUACCUGUGGAAUACAACAUUGAUGAUAACUUCAGAGCUACAGUAUCUUUGCCUAUGAGGAUUAUCUACCUGUAUGUGUCUUUAAUGGCUGCCAGGCCCAAAUACUAUUUUGCAUGGACUUUAGCAGAUGCAAUUAAUAAUGCAGCAGGGUUUGGUUUUAGAGGAUAUGACAAAAAUGGAGCAUCACGCUGGGAUUUAAUAUCAAAUCUGAGAAUCCAGCAUAUAGAGUUUUCAACAAGUUUCAAGAUGUUUCUUGAUAACUGGAAUAUUCAAACAGCUCUUUGGCUUAAAAGAGUAUGCUACGAGCGAGCUUCCUUCAGUCCUACGAUCCAGACCUUCAUCCUUUCGGCCAUUUGGCAUGGUGUGUACCCUGGAUAUUAUUUAACAUUUUUAACAGGAGUACUAAUGACAUUAGCAGCACGAGCCAUGAGAAACAACAUUAGACACUACUUUGUUGACUCUCCUCCUGUUAAAUUAUGUUACGAUGUCAUCACAUGGAUAGCAACUCAAGUAGCAAUAAGUUACACAGUUGUGCCAUUUGUUCUGCUCUCUGUAAAACCCUCUUUCAUGUUUUACAGCUCCUGGUAUUUCUGUCUUCACAUUGCCUGCAUCUUAGUGUUGUUGAUAUUGCCAUUGAAAAGAACUCAAAAAGGAAGUAUAGAGCAGGCAAGCAUCAAGCCCUCAUGGCCCAAAAAAUUAGAAGAAGAAAAUGUUUUGGGACAGAACAGUUAUUCCACAACAAAUAAUAGUUUCAAUCAGAAACAAGAAAUAACCUGCAGAUAUCCAGCACUAAAACAAUGAUUGGGAAAUACUAUGAUGAAUAUAUUUUGUAUGUUUUCAAAACCCAUUUUUAGCACCUUUUAAAGGGGUUUGUAUUUGUUUGCAAAGGUGUUUAGUAAGAAAAGAAUGCUGUUACCUAGGGAAUAUCACAUACAAUAGCAAGACUGGAAACAAAGCAAAUUAACCCCUCCUAUGCCAUGUCCCUGUGGGUCAUGCCUUAUAUGAAAAUAUUACCAUUAUUUCAAUGGGCACUCAGGACUUACAACGUAUGUCCAUAGGGUCAGAUGUGUGCCCCUUUGCUGAAUGUACGUUGUGUAUCCCAAGGCACUGAUGGGGUGGAAAACAGCUGUGUCAGUCUAAAUUAACACAUGGAAAUUAACUUUUCCAAAUGAAUGACUUGCCUUAAACCCUCUAUCUACUGAAAUAUUGUUUCUAAGUGAUAAUUUCAUGUUUAAUAUUAUGUGGAAACUGUAUAAUGUUGGGUGCUGUUUUUAAAAAAAGACAGGACUAUGAAAUGGGAAACUGUUGAAAGGUUGUGAAUCUUUGAAAAGGUAUUGCAAUAAACAUCUCAGUAUUUGGAGGGUUUUCUUAGGCCUUGGCUACACUGGCGCUGUACAGUGCUGCAACUUGCUGCGCUCAGGGGUGUGAAAACACCCCCCCCCCCGAGCGCAGCGAGUGCAGCGC